UGAACGGACCAAUAGCAGCAGGGGGCUGGGCUUGCGGAGACUUUCGGAGUUUGUGAGAGAGUUGAAAGAAAGAAGAAAGAGACGUAACUGAAGCUAGCUCGCAGGCUAGCUGAAUGUCCUACCGUGUCGCAGAUGUGUCGAAAGCCACGGGAAUGUGGGGGGUAGGAUAUAUAAAACAGGGAAUGGGGUUGUUUGUAAGUAACGUGGUCAUUGGACCGAUCGUUUCGGUGACAGUGGAGGCAGCGCUGACCGAGACCCGUCUGCUUUGUGUAGGAGUGAACAACCAGAGCUACUUCUGUGAUUCGGGCCACUGCUGUGGGGAAUCUCAGUGUUGCAGCUAUUACUACGAGGUGUGGUGGUUUUGGUUGGUCCUGACUCUCAUCAUCAUUCUGGGCUGCUGCUGUUUGUGCCACCACCGUCGAGCCAAACACAGACUGCAACAACAGCAGCGGCAGCAUGAGAUCAACCUCAUCGCUUACAGAGAAGCCCAUAAUUACACCUCUCUACCCUUCUAUUUCAGGUUCCUGUCUGGCUACCUCUUACCGGCAUACGAGGAAGUUGAGAACAGACCUCCGACGCCCCCGCCUCCGUACAGUGCCUCUCAGCCAGGCCAGUCCACCAGCAUUGACCCCCUGUGCUCUGAACAACCAGAUGAGUUCUGCCCUCCACUGCAGUCCAGCCCCGUCGUCCUGUCUGCAUCUGAGAACUGUUCCCUGGGACCCUGUGUAGAGCAGCCACAUACUCCCACUGCACACCGCCCUGUCAGAAACACCCACAAAGCACAGUACCUCAGCCGAGGAGAGGACGGGCAGCCCCAGCAGGUAGCGUGCGCUACCUCACACAGCCCCAUCAAACAGUGCAGCUCGGGCGAGGAUCUGACUGAACCCGUAGAAGACCGUUCUCCCGACAGCGAAGACAAGACUCCAGGACGCCACCGGCGCUUCACAGGCGACUCUGGGAUUGAGGUAUGCGUUUGCAACCAAGGGCCCGGGGAUGGAGAGGAGGAGAUGAAAGAGCUUGUAGGGCACACGGAUGGAGGGGUGCUCGAGGAGCAGGACUUCUGUGAUAGCUGCAACCUCCGCGGCGGCGGCAGCCCUCCUCGUGGUUCGGGGGAUGAGGAACAGGACCUGGCUGCCUCAGAUGUGCCUCUAGAGCAAAGAGAGCAUCAGCGACCUCCAGUCUGCCUCCAUCUGCACACCAUCAACGAACAGGACGGUCCGCAUCACGCCAACAACACGGACCCCCAGAGUUGAGCACAACCGGUUCCAGCAGAGACUUACUUUAGACUGCUGUCUCCCUUUACUUUCUUGAGAUGCAUCAGUUUGUACUGUCAGCAAUGUCACUUUGGGUGUACUUUUUGUGUGUGUGUGUGUGUGUGUGCGUUUUUGUGACA